GGGGUCUAGUGGGAGGAGCCAGCAUGACCUUGGUCACUCUCCCGCCGAGACUGCCUAGGGGGUGGGACUCACUGUCUCUAUGGUGACCGAGAAACAAGGGAUAAUACCAGGGAGCCGCCCGGGCUGCAGUCCCGUCCGGGAGCCGGCAGGGAGCGGAGCUGUGGAGCCUCCUGGUCUCCAGCAUCUGUCGAUUAGUUCCUGGGUCUUGUCUAUCCGAAGGCACACUCAGGAGCAGCCACGAGACAGAAGCCGGGUGGCAGCAUGGCGAUGAGCACUGAUGUAGCUGGACUGGAGGAGAGUUUCCGGAAGUUUGCCAUCCAUGGCGACCCCAAAGCCAGUGGGCAAGAGAUGAAUGGCAAGAACUGGGCCAAGCUGUGCAAGGACUGUAAGGUGGCUGACGGAAAGGCCGUAACGGGUACAGAUGUUGACAUCGUCUUCUCCAAAGUCAAGGCGAAGUCGGCUAGAGUAAUCAACUAUGAGGAGUUCAAGAAAGCCCUGGAAGAGCUGGCAACCAAGCGGUUCAAGGGGAAGAGCAAGGAAGAGGCCUUUGAUGCCAUCUGCCAGCUGGUAGCAGGCAAGGAACCAGCCAAUCUGGGUGUCACUAAAGCAAAAACAGGUGGUGCUGUGGACCGGCUGACUGACACCAGUAAGUAUACAGGUUCCCACAAAGAACGCUUCGACGAGAGCGGCAAGGGCAAGGGCAUUGCUGGACGGCAGGACAUCCUGGACGACAGCGGGUACGUGAGCGCCUACAAGAAUGCCGGCACCUAUGAUGCCAAGGUGAAGAAGUGAGACCUGGGAAGGCCCCAGUGAGGCUGCUCCACUGGAGGCUCAGGCUUGGGUCAAGGGUCACAUGGAGCAAGAAAGCUUGGUUCCCUCCCUGCUGGAUCUGCCACCAAGAGCUUCCUGCCCAGCCCCAGGGGCCAUCCCAUCAGGCCUCUGACCCAGACUGCCGUGUCCCUUCCUUCUUCUUGUCUCCCACACUUCUGUCUGGGAGACAGCGCCUAAACCUUCACCGCCCAGCCUGGUCCCAGGCAUGGCUGACUCUUGCCUGCUUGCCUCAUAUUUAAGCUGCUGCUCUGGCCAAGUGCCUAAUUCUUACCCAGACCUCAAUAAAGAUACCUUUUGUACCAAUA